GUUGACGAGAGACAUUCCUUCAUCUACCUCGCAUCGAGAACGAAGCAGUAGCAGCAAUAACUAAGAUAUGACUAUUCUUACAAGCACCAACAACGACGUUGAUGAAAACCCUCGAUUGGUGGGGCUACGUAUGCUCAAGUCGCAAGCUCAAACGGGUGAACGGCGUCGUCAACUGCACUUUGAGCAGCAUACAGCUGCCAACAAGGCCGAGCACAAAGAGUCAAACGGCAUCGAGAAGAAGAAGCUCAGGCACAAGAAACGCAACUUUUUUAAGUGGUUAUUCACUCCGUUAGUGUCGACGAGUCGCCAAGUGGCCCCUCCCCCUCCACCGAGAGUUCGUGUCAAGAUCCCCAUCGUCUACCGCAAUGGAGAGCACAAAGGUGUGAUCGUAGGUGGACUACGAGUGCCCUUCUCACGCCCCAUGCAGGCCAAUCGAAGGAGUAUGCUACUGUCCCAAGAAGACGUAGGCAAUGGUAUCCCGGAAGACGAGGAGCUCCUCCUUGAAUUCCCGAACAGACUAGGCUGGCAAGAGUUCGAACUGCAGGAUACUCGUAAGCGGGAAGAGAAAAAGAGAUUGAAAGAGGAGAAACUAGCGCGAGAACUUGCCAAAUGAGUAACUGGUUUUUGAAUCUUUAUCCGAAUGUGUACUUGUUCGUACGGAAU